CGUCACCGAGUAAAGGGGGCGCGCCUCGUCUCUCGCUCACACUGCUGCAGUACGUGAUCGAACAGCAACACACACACAGCACAACUUUAAAAACGGAAGGUGACCUCACCAGACUGUUGCUCUCCCCUCACUAGAGACGUCAGGGGUUCGAAGACCCCCAAACCAAUGUUGGGGCCUCCGACACAUACCUUCUAAACCGCUUGUGUGUGUGUGGUUCGCGGCGCCGUGCGGACACAUGUGUGCCAGCCCUCCGGGGGGGGUGUGAUUGAGUAGCGACCCCCCCACCGAGGCGCCAGGACACAGGGGCCCGGGGCGGGGCCCUGCAUGGCGGGCUGUAGGGAGAGAGGGCCCCGGCUGCAGCGGCCGUGGUCCGUCUACAGGGCCUCCACCUUCGAGCUGUCUGCAGAGAUGAUCAGCCUGACGCUGGCCGGAAACAGCCAGGAUCCAGAUGAGCCCGUACUGGAGUUCAGCUUGGCGUGCUCGGAGCUCCUCCCCCCGGCGCCGGACAGGAAGCCCAGUAGCUUUGUGGCGGCGAGCGUAACCACGCCCCCUCAGGGCUUCUGGACCAAACACGCCCAGACCGAGGUCAUCGAGGGCACCAGUAACCCAAUCUUCCUGAGCAGCAUGGCCUUCUUCCAGGACUCCAACAUCAGCCAGCAGACGCAGGUCAAACUGUCCGUCUACGACGUCAAGGACCGCGCCCAGGGAACGAUGUACAUGCUGGGGUCGGCCCUGUUUCCUGUGAAGGAGCUCUUACAGAACAAGGAACACAAGCUGAGCCUCGUGUUGAGAUCGGCGGAGAACCAGUGUGUGGGGACCAUCACGGUGGUCGCGUGGCAGAGUGAGGAGAGGAGGGACCAGCAUCUGUCCAGGCUGCCCGACCAACUCAACGGACGGACGGUGUUGUCGGUGGACGAGAGCCUCACAGAGUCCAUGGGGGUCCGGACCAAAUACUCCUCCCUGAGCAAGGACCCCCUCCUGCGCUCGGUGUUCGGGGGCACCAUGUCCCGGAUGUACCGCCUCCCCACCGUGGACGGGAUCCCCCUCAGGGUCCUUGAGCAGAUGGCCGAGAGCGCCCUGUCACUCAACGUCCCGCGGCAGUUCGUCAAGCUGCUGCUAGACCAGAGCACGGCCAGGGUGUGUGAGCUGGACGAUCUGGGCGAGCUGUCCCCCUGCUGGGAGGGUCUCAGGCGACAGAUCGUCUCCCAAUACCAGACCAUAAUACUCUCCUACCACGAGACCCUGACCCACCUCUGCGACUACAGAGGGCCGUCCUUUAAGGCCAGUAACCUGAAGGCGGACAGGAAGUUGGAGUUCAUGUCGACCAAUCUGCACGUCCAACGCAUGAGAGUACAGGACCAGCUGGGCUUUGACCACACCUACGACCUUGUCACCAUGGGCGCGCCCGCCGCCCACUGCCACGGCUUCAAGAGCGGCGGCCUCCGGAAGCUCCUGCACAGGCUGGAGGAGGCCAAGAAACACCACUCCCUCUCCUCCUCCUCCUCCCCCUCCUCACCCCAGGAGGUGGCCCGGGCCAGGGAGGUGCUGGGGCACGUGGACACGCUCCGCACCCAGGUGGGGUACUACGCAGAGAGGCUCUCCAGGGCCGCCAGGGAGCGCUCUGCCCCCGGGCUCCAGAGGACCCUGGACACCCUGGUGGAUAAGGCCCGUCAGCUGGUGAGCGUGUGCGACUGCGACCUCCUCUCCUCCUCCGUCCAGGCCCUGAACGCCGCCCGCCCCGACUACGUUGCCUCCCGUGCCUCUCCCUCCUCCCCCUCCGCCUCCCCCGCGGCCGUGGAGGGGGAGGAGGGGGGGGAGGAGGAGGAGGAGGAGCUGGUCGUGCUCAGGAACGACCGGGACACCCUGCUGGCCAAGUGGAGCGGCUGCAACAGCCGGCAGACGCAGCAAGGGGAGUGGGUCGAGGAGGAGUGGGAGAAGGUGUGGCUCAACGUGGAGAAGUCUCUGGAAUGUGUCGUCCAGCGUGUGGACCAGCUCCUCAGGAAGGAGAGGAGGCCCAGCACCUCCUCCUCCUCCUCCCAGCAGGACACAACCUCCUGCUGCUCCUCCUCCUCGGACCACCAGGCCAAGAAAGGCAGUGUACGGACGCGGGCGUUCUGGAUCAACCCGGGCCCCGCCCCCGGCGACCCCCCCUCGGCUACGUCACCUUCACCUUCAUCACCUUCAUCACCCUGCUCCUCCUCGUCACCUCCUCCAUCACCCUCCUCAUCCUCCCUGCCCACUGCAUGCCCGCCCAACCCUGAACCCUAUGGCAGCCCCAGUGCUGCGGAGGCAUACCCAGGGCAGUGGAGUGAGGCGCUGUACCCCCUGCUCUCCACCCUGACGGCGUGCGUGGCCCUGAUGAGCGAGCGGGCCAAGAGCGCCCUCGUCUUCCUGCUGAUGAGAGACGCCGCGCCCACCGUCGCCAUGGAGACCCAGCUGCAGUACCGCCGUGACGUGGUCUUCUGCCAGACGCUCAGCGCACUCAUCUGCGGCUUCAUCAUCAAGCUGAGGAGCUGUCUCCGUGACGACGGGUUCCUACGGCAACUCUACACCAUCGGCCUGCUGGCCCAGUUUGAGUCUCUGCUAAGCACCUACGGAGAGGAGCUGGCCAUGCUAGAGGACAUGAGCGUUGGGAUCAUGGACCUCAGGAACGUGACCUUUAAGGUCACCCAGGCGACGGGAAACUCCGCCCCCGACAUGCUGCCCGUCAUCACCGGUAACCGUGAUGGCUUCAACGUCCGCAUCCCGUUGCCGGGCGCCAUGUUUGACGCGUUGCCGCGGGAGAUUCAGAACGGCAUGCUGCUCCGGGUUCAACCAGUUCUGUUCAGCGUGGGAAUCAACGAGCAGCAGACGCUGGCCGAGAAGUUUGGAGACACCUCCCUCCAGGAGGCCCUUAACCUGGAGAGCCUGGCCCGGCUCAACUCCUACUACAGCCAGUUCAAAGAGGUGCUGCCGGAGGACUGCCUCCCCCAGUCCCGUUCCCAGACCUGCCUCCCGGAGCUGCUGCGCUUCCUGGCGCAGAACGUCCACGCCAGGAAGAACAAGAACGUGGACAUCCUGUGGCAGGCGGCCGAGAUCUGCCGCCGGCUGAACGGCGUUCGGUUCACCAGCUGUAAGAGUGCCAAGGACCGGACGGCCAUGUCGGUGACCCUGGAGCAGUGCCUGGUGCUGCAGCACGAGCACCGCAUGGCGCCCCAGCUCUUCACCCAGGCGCUGGACUGCAUGCGCAGCGUGGGCACCCGGGAGGGCGUGACCCAGAAGAACCUGAGCGGCGUGCUGCCCCAGCGGGAGCUCCGGUUGGACCCCAGCCUGCUCUACUCCCUCCCGCUGCUCGCCCUCAGCCCCAACCUGCUGCUGGUCUGGGUGUUCCUCAGCGUGGCCUACGUCCUGGCCCGCCUCCGCUGCACCUAAGCCCCGCCCACCCAGCGACGACGUAGCCAUAGUAACCACGGCCCCUCCGCCGAGGGACCAACGAGGAAGAAAGAAUGCUUAGGUUGUUGUUGUUGUUGUUGUUUUUUGUUGCGUUGUUUUGGAGCCGCGGGUCGGAGGUGGAUGUCGACGUAGCCAUGGCAACCCCGGCUCACUCCUCCACUCAACUCCAAGAGAGAGUUGUGUGGAGGGUGAUGGAGGCUAGGGUGGGGUUGGAGAGGUGAGGGGUAGGGAUGAGAGAGAGAGGGUGACCAGUGGGGGGGUUCCUCAGUGGGGCCUACGUCCGCUCCCCCUAGAGGGUGGGCCGACGCUAUAUUGACCACGCGUUGCUACGAUUUGUUUUUUGCUGUGUUUUGGAUCCGAGUGGGUGGAGGUCGAGGCCUACUUCCUGGUCUGGCUCUGCUGCACCUAACAUCCCACCCUAAAGUCGUGGCGGUCGGUCGCCAUAACAACCACGGUCCUCCACCUAGAGACAAACGAAGAAGAAAGGACACAGCGUUGUUGUUUGUCUGUUGUUGUGUUUUCGAACCACGGGUUGGAGGUCGACAUAGCCAUAGCAACCACGGCUCACUCCUCCACCCAACUCAAAGAGGGACCAACGAGAGAGAGAGGGUGACAGGUUAGGGUGGGGUUAGAGAGAGAGAGAGAGGGUGACA